UAAGGAUUGUCCCUUAAGGCAUCUUGUAUAAUGACGUCAUCACUUUUCAUAUUUGGGUACAACGCGAAAAACAUAACCGUUAUUAAAGUUCAGCUUUUUGAGUCCCUUGAAUUAUGUAAAUACUCAUUUAUUUCUAAGUUAGAACCACCACUUUAAACUGGUGAUUAUAGAAAUUUGGGACAAUAGAGUUAUUAAUAAUUGGACUAAAUAAACAUUAUCUUUCCUUUUCAAUCCCUGGAACAUGAUUUUUUCUUAUUAUUUAGAAUUAGCCGUUAAAUAUUAAAACAAAACUAAUCCCAAACAACUGCUCGACUGGAAUGAACAUCUCACGGCACCAGAAAGCGAAAAGACGGCACUGAUUUUCAGCCUAUUGGGAUGUGGACAUGCAAGUGAAUUUAAUUUUUCAUGAAAGUUUACUGAGUCACAUAAAACGUAUUUAUCACCCUUUUGACUAUAUCAUAGCUAAUGCAGUUUAAUGUUUUUAACAGGAAUCAAUCAUUGCGGUAUAUCUUUGAGAACAAUUAAACAAAGCCAUAGACCGAGCUUUUGUAUUAUUCCGUUACACUACCAAUCUAUUUCCAUAACAUUAAAACUUGCAGAUUUCAAAUUCAUAUUAAAUGGAUGAGAACAACUUUUUAUACACUUUUUACAAAACUUCCGGAUUCUUUCUAUGUCGGUUUUUGCUCAGUCGAAUUUCAGUUUCAGUCAAGCUCUGAAGAAGCCAACAGGAUGAUUGGCGAAACGUCAGCAAGUUCGACUCAGCAAAAACUGGCGCAUGUUUGAAUGUAAUGUUCACCUGUACAAUACCAUUUUUGUCUACUAUUACUGAGUUAUAGUCCCAAUAUAUUCUUAGAGAAUGUUAAAAAUAAUAAUUUUGUGCUUGAAAAAUACAAAAUAAAAAUAUUUCACAAAGCCACGUCUGCAACAGUCACUUUCAUCAAACAUUUGGCAUCACCGCAGAGGCGCUCUAAUCCCAGCCGCCAAAAUUAACCUCAAAAAUUGUUGUAUUGUUUGCUGUUUCCAAAUUAUAAAUGUUUUGUUAAUUUGUUUAUUGCAUGGCCUCAUUGUAAAUUUCUUGCCAUGGCUCAGGAUUUUAAUAAAAAAGUUAUGCAUCAGUACUUAAAAGACACCAAUGGACGUGAUAUUAACAAUUCAGAUGAGUUGUUACCGCAAUACCUUCAAAGACCGAAAAACUCACAGGCAUCAGCUUCUGAGGAGAAAGAAAAAAGUUUAAAUGAAAGUGUUAAUGAACUUUUAGAGGCAAUAAGUGAGUCAGAUAAUAUAGCUUCACCCAAUAAUACGGUUAAGAAUGUUGUCUUUACACCUAAAAAAUGGUCUAGCGAGAAAAAAAAAUUGCUGAGGCUCGAUAAGGAAGGCAACAACAAUGAAAUUCCUGCAGGGCAGGAAAAAAUUCAAAGUGAAGAAUGUGAUGAUACUUUUUUUGAUGUACUUAACUCUCCAAUAGGAUUCAAUGAUAUGCCUAAAAGUGACAAAAGCAUGCUUAAAAUCAUCAAUCAUAAAUUGAAAUAUGUGAAUAUACAAAACAGUAACAAGUUUUUGGCAUCCAGUAAUGAAACUCGAAUAAAGAUGCUUUACAACUAUCACAUUGCUGCUGCUAAGUUCCGAACCCACUUGGCCAAGAUGUCCAUGAAUAUGGUUCCUCUGCCUAAGCCAAUAGUUGCUAUCGAAUCAGAACCUGUUGUAAAUCCAAUGAUACAAUCCCUAAAAGAUGGAGCACAAGAAGAAUUGAAUGAAGAACUGUAUGUAAGUCGAUCAGGUCGCCACACUAAACGAAAGGUGUAUAAUGAAGAUGAUUCCAGUCAGGAUGAAUUAACAAAUAAAAGGAGCAAAAAUGAUUCAUGGAUCUCCAAGUCUCCCUUAAAAAAUAAAACACCUGCUAAGAAAACUGACUCUGUCUCAUCAACAAUUCUUCAAAAAAGUGAUAAAACUCAUGAAAGAAAUGAAAAAAAGGGUACUUUAAAAGCACAUAACUUUCACAAUAAAAAAUUGUCAAAUGAGGAAAUCAUGCAGAAGUCCAGUUUAUUUAAUGACCACAAGUCAAGGACCGAAAUUCUUGUAAAUUCAGCUAUUGAUGAAGAACGUAAAAGAAGAAAAGCGGAAGAAAAGUUGCAGCAAUUCAGUGAUUCUCUACACGAUGAUAUAAUGGAUAAUUCUUCAGAAGAGAUUUUAUCUGUGGAUGAGGAUGUGGAAGAUAUAUCAAGAAAGGGAUUGGUUCCUUCUGUUUAUGGCCGAAAAUCUAUUAAUAGUCGGAAACGAAAAGAAAUUGCACUGGAACCUUUAAAUAUUACAACUAAAAAAAAUACUAAUAAGAUAACUUCAUGUGAUGAAAAAGAGGCAAAUAAAUCCGCCAAUAAUGGUAUUGGAAGAUCACAAAUUUGUGGACAAGCGCACAAUGCCGUAACCCCUCCGCUUAACAGUAAAGGAAAUAAACCAAAACAAAUCACAAUAGCUUGUCCACUUUGUGGAGUAUCAUUCCCUAAGGAUAAAGUUGAGUGGUUUUAUUGUUGUAUUUGUACAUGCUGACACUACAGGUGCUCUCAGGAGUUAAGUAUGCACCCAACUGUUGUAACGUUUGAUAUGUCCCUGAAGAAAGAUUGGAUUUUCGCUGCUUUUCUGUUUUGUUUCGGACAUUUCCGGUACUUUAGUCACGGGUUUGGAGAUGAUCGGAUGUUUUCGAUAGACUUUAGCCAUUUUAUUUUCAGGUGUGUCAGUUUUGACCUUCACGUCAUGCGUCACUCAGUGACGGAUUUUUCUGCGAAAAUGUACCUAAAACUAAUAGUCAUAGAAGAAGCAUAGUAUGCAACAUAUUGAUAAACUUCUUCAGUCACUCGUUGAUUAUACAAACUUGUGACUAAAAUGGCAUUUAUCAAACUUGUUGCAUAGUAUACCAUACUUUGAGUUAAUUAAAUACCUACACUCAAAAACGAAUUAUUGUUUAUUAUUGAUUAGAUAAUCAAAUAAUAUUUUUAAU